CCAGAGGAGCCGGUCCUGCUGGCGGAGCUGAAGCCGGGCCGUCCCCAGCGGUACGACUGGAAAUCCAGCUGCGAGACCUGGAGCGUGGCCUUCUCCCCCGAAGGCGCCUGGUUCGCCUGGUCGCAGGGACACUGCGUGGUCAAGCUGAUCCCCUGGCCCCUGGAGGAGGCCGAGCUCUGCAAAACCUCAGAGCGCAAGAGCCGUGGCAGCAAAGUGGAGGCAAGGAGCCGAGGGGUGGCCAAGGAGAAGACGCUUGAGUGCGGCCAGAUCGUGUGGGGCCUCGCCUUCAGCGCCUGGCCGGCGGCAGAGGCGGGGCAGACAGACCCCACCUGCGCCGUGGGUCUUCCCUGCCUGAUCCUGGCCACCGGGCUCAACGACGGGCAGAUCAAGGUCUGGGAGGUGCAGACAGGACACCUCCUCUUCAGCCUCUUGGGGCACCAGGAUGUCGUCAGAGACCUGAGCUUCGCUCCCAAUGGAAGCCUCAUCCUUGUGUCGGCCUCGCGGGAUAAGACUUUGCGCAUCUGGGACCUGAGCAGAGAUGGGCGGCAGGUCCAGGUGCUGUCGGGCCACGUGCAGUGGGUCUACUGCUGCUCCAUCUCCCCAGACUGCAGCAUGCUCUGCUCCGCUGCCGGAGAGAAGCAGGCGCUGUUGUGGAGCAUGCGGUCCUACACCCUCAUCCGGAGGCUCGAGGGGCACCAGAGCAGUGUGGUGUCAUGCGACUUCUCGCCAGACUCGGCACUCCUCGUCACCGCUUCCUAUGAUGCCUGCGUCAUCAUGUGGGACCCCUACACUGGGGAGCAGUUGAGGACGCUGCGCCACGUCCCCUUGCACUCGGCGGUGGACUACAGCAGUGAAGUCCACACCAGCUCCCUGCGCUCUGUCUGCUUCUCUCCUGAGGGCCUCUACCUAGCCACGGUGGCGGAUGACAGGCUCCUGAGGAUCUGGGCGUUGGAGCUGCGGUCUCCAGUUGCGUUUGCUCCCAUGACCAACGGCCUGUGCUGCAUGUACUUUCCACAUGGCGGUUUCAUUGCCACAGGGACCAGAGAUGGCCACGUCCAAUUCUGGACCGCUCCAAGGGUCCUCUCAUCGCUAAAGCACUUGUGUCGCAAAGCUCUGCGCACCUUCCUGACGACAUACCAGGUCCUCGCGCUCCCCAUCCCCAGGAAGCUGAAGGAAUUCCUCACUUACCGGACCUUUUAA